AUGGGUCCUCGUACGGUGGCCUCCAACGAGGUCUACCUCCUCCACCUCAACGAUGAUGGAUCGCCCGCAGUACCUCGUCAUUAUGUUUACAUAGAACCGAAAACCUCGGAAGGCCUAGUUCUUCGCUUCUCCAUCGAGGGCACCUCGCCCAUCUGCCGCCAUGGCAGCCUCUGGGUCAACAUUCCCGAGAAAGAUAAGCCCUACAAGAGGGAUGAAUUUCGAGAAUUCAAGCUCGACCCGCACUUCAACCGCACCAUUGAGGUAUCGAUUCCCAUUUACCAAUCCGGCGCCUACACAUACUACAUCACAUAUUGCGAGCUCCCUUCCAUUUCCGACUCGAUCGAGUCAGGCGAAGCGAGGCCUGAUUCCAACGUGAAGAAGUCGGAUCUGUACUAUGUCGUGCUCUCCCUUGAGGGUCGCCGCCUUCCCCUCCAAGCUCUGUCCAUCUUCACCGUUCUAAGCAAGUCUAUGGGGAAGUACCCUAAUGAUUGGGAGCCGCACAUUCGCUCAAUUGGCGAUAGGGGCUAUAACAUGAUCCAUUUCCCCCUCCAAACCCGUGGAGAUUCAAAUUCGCCGUACAGUCUCAAAGACCAGCUAGGCUGGGACCCCGAGGCCUUCCCUAAUGGCGAACAGGAUGCGGUGGCCAUGAUCAAGACUCUGGAAAAGGAGCAUGGCAUCCUCUCCUUGACCGAUAUCACCGCCUGGCUACGCGAGCACCCCGAGGCCGGCUACAACCUCAAUACUGCCCCCUGGCUGCUUGCCGCCAACGAACUCGACCUCAAGAUCAAAGAGCUCAGUGGCACGAUCAAGGAUCUCGACGUACCCCACGAUAUUCAAAGCGAAGAUGAUCUUUUGAAGGUCAUGGAUGCUAUCAAGAACAAGGGCGUCGCCACAAUCAAGCUGUGGGAGUACUACGCUACAGAUGUAGACCGGGACGCCACGGCUGCCGUGGAAUCGUGGGCAAAGGGCGAGUGGUCGUUUCCGUCGGACGAUGAGCUCCGAGGCGACAUUGACAACCUCAAGAACCUAACGUUGAAGGACCAAGCCGAUCUACUGACAAAGCACGCCCUGCGUGGCACCGAGCAUCUGGGCGGUCGCUUUCAUCGGAGCGUCGAUCCGAAAUUCGGCGCCGGUAUCCUUGCCGGCAUCUUGGGCAAGUACGACGCCGAACACGGCCCGCAGAAAGCCGCUGCCAAGGAAAGGCUCCUCCCCAUCCUCGACGAGAUCAACAUGAAAUUUUAUCGAGAAUACGACAAAGACGUCGAUGACAUGCUCCACCACCUCUACAAUCGCCUCAAGUGGGAUCGCCUCGAAGAACACGGGCCUCGUCUAGGCCCCAUCACCGCCGAAAGCCCCAUCUCCGAGUCGUACUUUACCCGUCUACCCGAGAACGACGAGACCAAGGCCAAGGGCUUGACCGAGAAGGACCUGACCCUGGUCAACAACGGUUGGCUUUGGGAUGCCAACGCUCUCGUCGACAAUGCCGGGCCCGACUCGCGCGCGUACCUCAAGCGAGAAGUCUUUUCGUGGGGCGACUGCGUCAAGUUGCGCUAUGGAAAACGUCACGAGGACAACCCCUGGCUGUGGGAUCAUAUGGCGUCGUACGCAAAGAUGCUCGCCAAGUACUUUCACGGUUUCCGCAUCGAUAACUGUCAUUCUACCCCCAUCACCGUCGCCGAGCACAUGUUGGAUCGCGCCCGAUCUGUGCGCCCCAAUCUCUACGUCGUUGCCGAGCUCUUCACCGGCUCCGAGGACACCGACUACGUCUUUGUGCGGAGAUUGGGUCUGGACUGCCUGAUUCGCGAGGCUAUGCAGUGCUGGGGAACUGGCGAAUUGAGCCGUCUCGUCCAUCGCUACGCUGGCCGGCCCAUAGGAAGCUUCGAGACCGACGAUGCCGUGACGGCCAUCAACAAGCCCCAGCCGAGCGGCCUAAGCGGAGAAAAGACGGCCACGACGGACGAAAACGCAGACGGCUCCUCCAAAGAGGUUGUUCGCGUCAUCAAGGAAACCGUCGUAGCCGCCCUCGUCAUGGGUUACGACGAGAUUUACCCCCGCCGAAUCGACCUUGUCGCCGAAAAGCGCUUGUACAAGCCGACAAAGGUCGGAAAAGAAGACGGUAUCGGCCGGGUCAAGAAGAUUAUUAACCAGAUCCAUACGGUCAUGGGCAAGGACGGCUAUCACGAGGCUCACAUCCACCACGAGGACCACCGCGUGGUUGACGUUCCCGGCGUCAGGAUGGAGGUCAAGGGUGACGACACCAUCAUUACCGUGCGAGACAAGUUCCCUCCCGGCAGUAUUGCGCUCUUCGAGACGUGGGUGCCCGCUGCCGAGCACUCUGCUGGGCUGGACUCCUACGUCACCAACGGUGCCAAAGAGGCCUUUUCCGAGCUUGAUUUGGUCGACCUCAAUUUUGUGCUCUACCGCUCCGAGGCCGAGGAACGUGAUGCGAGCGACGGCGCAAAUGGAGUCUAUGAGAUUCCGCGGCACGGAAAGCUCGUCUACGCGGGUCUGCAGGGUUGGUGGAGCGUGUUGAAGAAUGUGAUUCGCAGCAACGAUCUUGGCCACCCGCUUUGCGAGAACCUGCGAAAUGGCCUAUGGGCUCUGGACUACAUUGUGGGCCGCCUCGAAAAGAUGAGUGAGAAGGAGGGCCACGAGCGUCUUUCCCAGCCCGCGCAGUGGCUCAAGGAGCGGUUCGACGCCGUCAGGCAGAUUCCCAGUUUCCUGGUCCCUCGUUACUUUGGGCUCAUUGUGAAGACGGCCUACGCCGCCGCGUGCGACCGGGCUUUGUCGCUUAUGGACCCAGGCAUCCAGGAGGGCCAGUGGUUCUUGCACAGCCUGGCCUUGGUUAGCGUGCAGCAGACGGGGUGGACAAAAUCCGCCUCUUUGUAUCCUAACAAGCUCGCGCCUUCGCUGGCCGCCGGUCUUCCGCAUUUCGCUACGGAUUGGGCUCGGUGCUGGGGACGCGACGUUUUCAUAUCCCUGCGCGGCUUAUUCCUCGGGACUGGUCGCUUCGAUGAGGCGCGGGAUCACAUUUACGCCUUUGCCAGUGUUCUAAAACAUGGACUGAUCCCCAAUCUUUUGGGCAGCGGCAAGAACCCUCGGUACAAUGCUCGCGACGCCGUCUGGUUCUUCCUGCAAAAUGUGCAGGACUAUACCAAGACGGCGCCUAAUGGCGUGGAACUGCUAAAGCACGAGGUCAAGAGGCGUUUCCUGCCGUACGACGACACGUGGUUCCCGUGUGACGAUGAGCGAGCGUACUCCAAGACAUCCACGAUCGAAGACAUUGUCCAGGAAGCCCUCCAGAGACACGCAGAGGGCAUCAGCUUCCGAGAGCACAAUGCCGGACCAGAACUCGAUCGGCAGAUGAGCGACAAGGGCUUCGAUAUCGAGGUCAAGGUGGACUGGGAGAACGGUAUUGUAUUUGGUGGUAGCCAAUACAACUGCGGCACGUGGAUGGAUAAGAUGGGCGAAAGCGAGAGGGCUCGGUCCAAGGGCGUGCCUGGCACGCCGCGCGAUGGAGCCGCUGUGGAAAUCACGGGUCUCCUCUACAGCACACUUGCAUGGCUUGCCCGCCUCCACAAGAAGGGCGACUACAAGUACUCGGGGGUCAAGAAGGCGGACGGCUCGGACAUUUCGUUCCAAGAGUGGGCGGACCUGCUCAAGGCCAACUUUGAGCGCUGCUACUUUGUCCCCAAGUCGGCGGACGAGGACAAGGACUUUGACGUGGACGCCCAGGGGAUUUACAAGGACCUGUACCGCUCGGGCAAGCCCUACGAAGACUACCAGCUACGGCCCAACUUCCCCAUCGCCAUGGCGGUCGCGCCCGAGCUCUUCACGCCCGCGCGGGCCCUGCACGCUCUCAGCGUCGCGGACACCGUCCUGCGGGGGCCGACGGGCAUGGCGACCCUCGACCCCAGGGACCUCAACUACCGACCCUACUACAACAACAGCGAGGACAGCGACGACUUUGCCACGUCCAAGGGCCGCAACUACCACCAGGGGCCGGAGUGGCUGUGGCCCACGGGCUUCUUCCUGCGCGCCCUGUUGAAGUUUGACCUGGCGCGGCGAAAGGAUCGCGAGGGACGGGUCGAGGUGUUCCAGCAGGUUACGCGGAGGUUGGAGGGGUGCAAGAAGAUGAUUCGGGAGACGGCGUGGGCGGGCUUGGCGGAGUUGACGCAGAAGAAUGGCGAGGAGUGCCACGAUUCGUGUCCCACGCAGGCAUGGUCUGCGGGCUGCCUUAUCGACCUCUACAUGGAUGCUGAAGAAGUGCAGGAAAAGCUGGCCAAGGGAGAGUCCAUCUUUCCUUGA